CACGAGUUUCAGCCCUAAAUGAAAAGAAAAUCUUUCAGCUUAAAGCAGGGACUUCCUUUUUAGUAUAUGAUAGUUGGAAGGAUGAAGGGAAAAUAAAUGGAAAAGCCAAGGCUUUCGAGGUCAAUGUUAGAUGGUUUACUAAAAAAUCAACAAAUGAACGAGACAAGCAUCAGAAUGAUCUUGAAUCUUUCUCAAGGAUGGACCCAAGAAAAAGAGAUGAAUACAUUGAAACUUUUGG